AUCCCAUCUUGUCAAUCUUCUCCAAUCCAAUACUCGAGGGGACACAUAUACCAUAUAGGAAGGCUACAAAACAUCCUCAUCUGUGGUUUCGCCUUCGCUCACUCGUCUACUUUCCUCCUAAUCCAUUGCUCCCAUUCCACCCAGCCAGCCAGUGCCAUAGCAGAGUCUACACAGUGGUCGCUUCAUCAUGUACUCGGCUCGGAAAGUUGCCUUCGGCCUGUUCGCAGCCGCCACUGUUGCGUCUGCAGCAGAUGCCCCUUCCGACGUCACCCAGUUGACUAAGGACACAUUCGGUGACUUCAUCAAGAGCAAUGACCUCGUCCUAGCAGAGUUCUUUGCUCCGUGGUGUGGUCACUGCAAAGCUCUCGCCCCAGAGUAUGAGGAGGCGGCAACUACGCUGAAGGAGAAGUCGAUCAAGUUGGCAAAGGUCGAUUGCACAGAGGAGUCUGAGCUCUGCCAAUCAUACGGCGUCGAGGGCUACCCGACGUUGAAGAUCUUCCGUGGCCCGGACAAUAUCACCCCCUACUCUGGCCAAAGGAAGGCAGCCGCUAUUACCUCGUACAUGAUCAAACAAUCCUUACCUGCAGUGUCGAUCCUAACCUCGGAGACCAUCGGGGACUUCAAGACUGCUGACAAGGUCGUCCUCGUGGCUUACAUCGAGGCCUCUGACAAAGCCUCUAAUGAAACCUAUACCAAGAUUGCCGAGAAGCUUCGAGACUCUUACCUCUUUGGCGCGACCAACGAUGCAGCAUUGGCCGAGUCUGAGGGCGUUACUGCGCCGGCCAUCGUCCUCUACAAGCAAUUUGACGAGGGCAAGGCCACCUUCGCCGAGAAGUUCGAGGAGGAGGCCAUCGAGAAGUUCACCAAGGUCGCCUCGACUCCUUUGAUCGGCGAGGUUGGCCCCGAUACUUACUCCGACUACAUGUCCGCCGGCAUCCCCUUGGCGUACAUUUUCGCUGAAAGUGCCGAGGAGCGCAAGGAGCUCGGCGAUGCCCUGAAGCCCGUUGCUGAGAAGUACCGUGGCAAGAUCAACUUUGCCACCAUUGACGCCAAGUCGUUCGGUGCCCACGCUGGCAACCUGAACCUGAAGACCGACAAGUUCCCAGCCUUUGCCAUCCAGGAGACGGUCAAGAACCAGAAAUUCCCGUAUGACCAGGAGAAGGAGAUCACGCACGACGCCAUCAGCACCUUCGUAGAGGACUUCGUUGCCGGCAAGAUCGAGCCCAGCCUCAAGUCUGAGCCUAUCCCCGAAGCCCAGGAGGGACCGGUGACGGUUGUCGUUGGCAAGACCUACGAAGAUAUCGUCCUGGAUGACUCCAAGGACGUGCUGAUCGAGUUCUACGCCCCGUGGUGUGGUCACUGCAAGGCUCUGGCCCCUAAGUACGAAGACCUAGCCUCGCUAUACAGCAAGAGCGAGUGGAAGGACAAGGUUGUCAUUGCUAAGGUUGAUGCCACUGCCAACGACGUCCCCGAUGACAUCUCAGGCUUCCCCACCAUCAAACUCUACCCUGCCGGCGCCAAGGGCGAGCCGGCUACCUACAGCGGCUCCCGAUCGGUCCAGGACCUGAUCAAGUUCAUCAAGGAGAAUGGCAAGUACAAGGCCAGCGUUGAGGAGAAGAAGGAAGAAGAGACUCCUGUGGCCCCCGCUGCCACGGAAUCCAGCAGCAGCGAGGCUGCCGAGGAGACGCACGACGAGCUAUGAGCCGCGUGAAGGCAAAAUAAGAAAAACGAAGUCAACCAAACCUCUCUGUACAGUUACUCUCUCAACAUGUGGACCGGACCACCGAAUCAGCCAUCGCACUGGGUCGCUCUGGGAUUAGGAUAAAUGCUGGCCUAGGUAGUUCAGCAUGAGAUUCACGAAUUUUCGCUUUGCUUGUUUGAUAAACGUCUGCGCAAUUCCUCUGUCGAUGUCCUUGUGAAAUGAUUUUUUUAUUGUGAAUGCAGGCGUACGCACCCCGUCACACGACGCUCUGUUUCGGUACCUACUUUACGUGUAGUUCGUCCCGCCGAGGUAACGGAUAACGGUGACGGUCACGUGGCUGAGAGGUAUGUAGGUAUAUAGUAUGUAUUUACGUACUGCUUGACUUGAUCUUAUACUACAAACUCGGGUACCAAUUGAGGUAAAUUUGCCAGCGG